AAUUACGAAAAAUAAAAUACUACUUGCAAAAAUGAAAAAGAAAUUUAACAAGAGCAAUGGAACUCCAUUCUUUGUUAACUUUCUGAGAAUAUGGCUUGCAUUUGUUGCUAUCAUGGCAUUUGGAAAUACUUUCCAUUGCUUUAUGAACUCUACAUAUUUGUACGAUAGAUUGUACACUGUCAGUGAAAGGAAUGGUUAGUACUCUAGAUCUAGUACUACUACUACUAUAGUGUCUAGUCUAGUACACUGUACUGUACAGUAAAGGUGCAACAGAACUUUAAAAAAAUAAUAAUAAUUAUAGUCUAAAGUCAUUUUGACUAAAUAAUCUAAAUUUAUUAAGUAAAUCAAAUAGUGUGUCUAAAUAAAUGCCAAGUUAUUAUCUUAAGUCUUAAGACUUUUAAUUAUGACUAGGCAGCCAGGUAGUCUUACUAUGUCUAUGUGGAGUAACAAAUAUAUUAAUAUUGGUAAUUCAAUUACUAGUCUAAUUCUAAUUAAUUGUAACUGAAACUGUAAGUAUUACUAGUAUUAGUCUAUUAGUCAUUAGUAUUUAUUAGUAUUGUUUGUAUCAAAUGACUGUCCACAUCUAUUACUAUUAUACCGGUAUCUAUUUUGUUUCUGGUUCAUCCUGAUUCCUCUUCACAACCACCCCUCCUCCCAACUCAUGAUGUUUUAUAUUAAUAAUACUGUGAGUGAGUGCUGUCGUGCAGAGAGCUUUCAUAAUAACAAUAAUAAUAAUAAAGCUUAUUUGAAAAGCACGCUUCAUCCCCAAAGGCUCGAAGCGAUCAACCUGAACUCCGUUAUCAAAUAAACUCCGUUCAGGUUGAUUUUUUCUUUAGGGGGAAGUGACUAUUUAAUUAAUCAAUAAAGAGCCAUGCGUAUGGUGUAGGACUGCCUGUAGGAUUAUUGUUUAAAGGCCCGCGGGUAGGAUUUCAUUUAGGCCUAUUGUUUAAAUUUAAAGGCCAGCAGGUAGUAUGCAGGACUCUCUUUAGACCUAUUACUAUUUUAAAAGACCAGGUGGUGGGGAAGGACUCUGUAGGCCUAUUUUUUAAUGGUGUAGGACUGUCGGUCUCUUGUCUCUAAUGGCCACCCAGAAAUGAUGUAAUGGAUCUUCUGGAGGAGGGGUGUCACGACUUUGUGAUGAUGUGUAAAAUGAGGGUGUCUGUGAUGGUUGAUUUGGAGGGGGAUGGGGGCGCUAAAAAAUCAACCAAAAUAAUGUGAAAUUAUGGACGGAUAGUCCCCUGACUUGAACAUCUCUUAUUUUACCUAUAAGUGAAUUCCAUGGUAACUUUUAGAAAAAUAAUUAAAAUUUGCAUCCAGUAUAAAUACAUAUUUCAUUAAGUCUACUUACUUUUAACUACAUCUGGUAUUGGGUCUUAAGUAAAACAAUACCAAGCAAGCAUUUAUAAAAAUAUAUUAAGUAUAUUAUGAUAUUAAAAAUAAUACAUUUUAGAAAUGUAACUGAUGUAACAUGAAGAAGACAUACUAUUUGAGUUAGCCUUUUUUGUUGAUUUCCUCGGAAAUCUGUUUUAAUUGAAAUAAUUUUUUUCUAAAUAAUUAUCUAGUGUUAACUUUUCUAAGCAAAGCCUUUAAAAACUACUUAGAAAUCACUUUUUUUUUUUUAAAUAGUGACAAAAUAAUGUAACUGACAUUACAUGACUUUGUACCUGACAUAAGGUGUCUGAAUGCAAGCAAUAAAAAAUAUGACAACAAUUUAACAUUUAAAUAGACUUAAAUACACAUAAAUUAUAGUGUUUUAAUGCUUUUCCAUCAUGUGACAUUGACUAUGACAAUAAAAAUUGUCGGUCUGUAUUUUUAACAUGUAAACACUAUAAAAUUUAACUAAAUUUCUAUUGAAAUUUGCAUCAAGAUGGCCACCAGUACAUGUGUCGUCAAAAACAAAGACGCUGAAAAUUACUCCAGACAAAGAUGCAGCAAAUAAAUGUGUAUAAAACCAAAUUUUGAUUUUUUUAUGUUGUUUUUAAAUGGAAUUAAUCUCCACUAUACCUUUGUCAUACACUGUACUCAGAUGCCUUGAUUUUCAGGAGUCUCAAAAUCAGAGAUGCUUUGUCAUACCUGUUUUUACAGUCAAUUAGUUGAAGUUACCUAGUUUAUUUAUUAUUAUUAAUAUUUCAGCCUUUAUAAAAUAGCAGGGCUUUAACCAAUAGUUCACACUCAAUCCAAUGCCUCAUAGAUAUUAUUUUAUGACAAGCUUUUUUCAAUCUUUAUUUUCAGUUAGUGGACUUGCUGCAAGAUUGUUUGGCAUAUGGACUUUGCUGUCUGGAAUUGUUAGACUUCUUUGUGGGCUUUUUAUCUACAAUCGGACGUAAGAAAUUUAUUAAUUUUUUAGAACCAUUUUGCAUGAAAGCCCAUAGUAGACUUAUAGAUUUUAUAAAUCCAAAUACCAUACCUUAUUUAUGUCAAGCAGGCAUGAGCGAACCUCGUAAUGUUUUAUCCAGCUGGCAGAAGCCCUUCAAAGUACCCAGGUAUAAUAACGUUAAGCCUGAGAAUCACUUAUUUACCCAUCUUAAGACCACUGUUCCUCGUAUAAGUACAUGUAGCAAAUGGAGAUUACAAUAAAGAGACUGACUAAAUAUACUUAGAACAAAAAUAAGUCAUCCAAAUGAUUCAAGUUUUUAUCAAAUGAUAUUAAUAUACAAGCAUAUUGCCAAUCCGAUUCUUGGUGAAUCAUCAGCCUCUAUGAUUAAAAAGAGAUAGUGUGUUCAAUCUUGUUUAUGAACUCUACUGCAUUAGCAUUGCUAAUCGCAAGCAGGCAAAAAAAGAUUUUAAAAACCAAGCUGCUAGUUUGUUUAAAAUGCUGAAGCUGAUGUUUAAAAUGCUGAAGCUGUUGUUUCAGCUGUUGUUUAAAAUGCUGAGGCUGAUUACACCAAGCAGUUACUACAAGUGUAAAAAGCAGUUUUAUGGUUAAUAUGACAUGGGGCUAGCGUAUGUUUUAUAGUAUAUGUAUUUUGAUGAAUGGAACUAGCAUUUGUGUGCCAUAAGAACAAGAAUAACAUGUAUGAAUAUUUUGUUAACUUCUGGGGUUAAACUGGUUUUGUUUCAAUCAACUAAAGGACUUUUUUUGUUCUGUAAUUUAAAGCAUUGUUUGUUUUGUUUGUUUUUUUUUCAUUUUCAGACUCUACAUAAUAACAUUACUGUCAUUUGUCCUUGCACUUGGCCACUUUACCUCUGAGGUGUUUAUUUAUAACACAGCAUCCCUUACAACAGCAGGCAUUAUAGCUCCACUCAUAGUCUCCAGUAAGUCUUGAAAAUUAUGCUUUGGCCAAAGAAAUCAUUAUUUUGGAGUUGAUUUUUAUUAAACCCAGACAUAGACAAAGAACAAAGAUAUUAAAUUAAUAUAAACGUGUGAUCCAAAUCCACAUGCGGAUGCACAGACAUAAAAUGUUCUUCCACAUUCCCAUAAGAUCUCUGACAUAGAUCUCUAUGUUAAAUACAUAAAUGUAGAUUUAUUUUCUUUUUGGAUAUUUUUCUAAGCAGUACAAUGUGCACCAAAUGUUCAAUUUUAUAGUAAAUUAAAUUGUCUAAAUAAUCUUAGUUGGACUACAAUAAAUAGUAGACUUACAUUCAAGGCUAAACAAAUAAUUAAAGAGAAGUGUUUGUUCUUUUAUUUUGAAAUGCAUAAAUCUUAAUAUAAGCAGUUCGUCCUUUCUUACUUACAUCAACAUUUCAACAACAAAAAUUAUUGUUUCAGGUCUUUCAAUUACUCUUAUGAUUCUUGGCUAUUAUUUUAUGGAUGAAGAAGAUCCAAGAGACAAGUAUGUUGACGAAAAUGAAGAACUUCUAAAAACCAAGGGAAAGAAACCUUUGUAACAUCACAGUAACUAAUUUUUAAUUACUGGUUGGCAAUGAGAGAUUUUCACCAUCAGAUGCCUAUUAGAGACGUGUUACAAAUAUAAUAACCCAGUGCACCAACUCUGUUGGACUAUAAACUGGCCUAUGAUAGCAUCAAAAGGAAUUAUCUAUAUGAGACUAUGCCGGAGUUUGGCAUACCCAACAAACUGACAAGAGUAGAAUGAUACUGAUACAUAUAACAUUAAACAACUCAUAAAGCAAAAUCAAUGUUCUGGUUGAAUAUUAAAGGGACAUUCAGAUUAAACAAGACCUAAGACAAGGAGACUCACUGUCUUUUAAGCUGUUCAACCUAAAAUAUGAGAGAGAACAAUCACAAACUCAAUACCCACAACCAAUGGGCGCUCUCUACAACCAACCCCUUAAUUCUCUUGCAUACACCGAUGACAUAGCACUGUUGGGGAAAAGUAGUAAAGACAUAUCAAAAGCUUUUAUUGAAUUAGAAGAUGAUACAUCACUACAAGCAGGGCUGGAAGUUAAAAAAACAUGCCUAUGUUAAGAGAAGAUGAAACCACUAUAGAAACCCCACUUUUGGAAAAGUAAAUCAAUUCAAAUAUCUAGGAUCCUUAAUACUUAAUGAAAGAAAACUGAAAUAAAAGAAAAAAUGUCAGCCUGAAACUGGGCAUACUUCAGUAGUCACAAAAUAGUCAAAAAUAAAAGAAGGAACUGGUAAGACAGACCACAGCCCUACAUAGGCUGUAGCGCCACAGGGAUAGCUUGAUGGUUAAUUCAAAUAUCUCUGAGUCUGAGCCCAGUUUAAAUUUUUUCCCCAAAAAGAACAAUAAUAGUUUAAGUACAGUACUUUACUUAAAACAUCUAAAUAUAUUCUAAGUUGCCUUAAACUACUUGGUCAAAAGGAGCUCAUAUGUACAUAUGCAUAAUGGUAUCAUAAAAAAGUGUUGGUAGGGACGUUUGUGGAAAAAUUUCUGCUUUUUUUUUUCCAUGCCCGUUUUAAGGAUGGUCUCUAUCUUCUACUAACGUCUCUGCUUUAACAGUAUCUUUGAUUUUAUUAUGUUAGAGCACUGAUUCCAUAAUUUUUUUUAAAAACUGGACCAAAUUAAAAGAAAGAAAUGUUUCUAAUGCAACAUAAAAUAUUUUAUUGAUGAGAAGUUCCAGCCAAAAUGUGAAGUCCAAAAGUACAAUACAAUCUACCCAUAAAAAAAAACAUGGUGGAUUCUUUUAUAUUUGUCAACUUAAAAAGUUCAUUACCAUUUUCUCAAGAGGCAUGCCUUAUCAUAUAGAAAAUGCUUUACCAAGAGUUAUUUCUUUACAGAAUUGAGCUCGUCAAUACACUUGGACUAAAUUUUUCUUUGUUUUGAUUAAUUUCUGUAUCAGACUCUUAAAAGAUUUAUUCUUAUCAAGCCCUGUUUGUAACCAUUCUAUUUUUUUUUUCAACUUCACCACUGGUUGGAAACUCCACUGUGGUGAUAGAUGUAUUUUGAGGGGAAGACUAGUAAAACUAAUUCAAAUGAACUGGAGCUGAUUGUUACAUUAUCAGCAUUGCCCACACCAGUUGAAGAUGCACCAUGUUUGUAUGAGUUAAGUUGCAAAUAGCCCCAAGAAGAAAACAUUUACAUGAUGAUUUUCUUUAGGGGAAUGGAUCUAAACGAGCAGUAAUAUUAUUAAUAAAUGUGAAGUUUAAAGUAUAUUUAUUUUUCAAUUUCCAUUAAAAAGUAUCAAUAUCAAUGAUUAACAAAUGUAAAAAUGUUAAAAUUAUGUGCACUUAUGUUUAUGUUUCAUAUUAAGAAAAUUUUGCAUUAUUAUAACGGAGAUUAAAUUUAUUGCCUUGAUUAACUUAAAAAUGGUGGUCAUGUAUAAAUGGUCUAAAAUUGCACAUUGAGGUUGUUGUUGAAGUUUGUUUUUAUUAAGCUUUUGUAUUCAAAUGUCAUUAAAUUUUAACCAAAUAAUUUAGAUCUAAAUGUAAAAUGAAUUGAACAUAAGCUCAAUAUUUUAAAGAUAUUUCUGGU